ACCAAAAGAGAAAAUUUGGACACAGCAUGCAUGGCAGCUUGAUACUCAGGAAGAAGACAGCCAUCCUCCAGCCAAGGAAGGAAGCCUAGAACACCCUCGCAGCCCUGAGAAGAAACCACUGCUGCCGCCAGAAUACAAUGCGUCUGCAUUAGUCACACUACCCGCCUUGUAGCAUUUUGCUAGGCAGCCGCCCAGAGAAACCAACACUGCCUGUUUCCUGACUUGCUGUUCCUGUGCUGUGUCAGUGAGAACACAAGGUCUUUGUGCCCUGAAGACUGUAUGAAGGCACAGAGUUCUCUUAAAACCAGUCUGAAAAGUUUAGUUUUCAGAUAGUAAGUUCUCGGGACCACGUGACCCAUGCUUGCUUUCUAUAAAAAGCUAGCCGGGCGGCAGUCUUUGGACUCCAGCAUGCUUGCCUCUCGGUGGCUGCUCUGUGUGGUCUCCUCUGCCGUCUGUGUCUUAGAAGCCAGCUCUCUGGACACCUUUGUUGCAGCUGUGUACGAGCAUGCAGUGAUCCUGCCUAAUAUCACCCAGUUACCAGUGUCUUCCGAGGAGGCCCUGGCAUUAAUGAAUCAGAAUCUUGAUGCCUUGGAAAGAGCAGUCACAUCCGCAGCAAAGCAGGGUGCGCAUAUUAUUGUGACACCAGAAGAUGGCAUUUAUGGUAUGCAUUUCAGCAGGCAAGCUAUCUACCCAUACUUGGAGGAUAUCCCUGACCCUCAAGUAAACUGGAUCCCCUGUAAUAACCCUGACAGAUUUGGCUACAACCCAGUACAAAAAAGACUCAGCUGCUUGGCCAAGAGCAACUCUAUCUAUGUUGUGGCAAACAUAGGUGACAAGAAGCCAUGCCAUGCCAGUGACUCUCAUUGUCCCCCUGACGGCCGUUACCAAUACAACACUAAUGUGGUAUUUGAUUCUCAAGGAAAACUGGUUGCACGCUACCACAAGCAAAACCUCUUCCUGGGUGAGGAUCAGUUCGAUGCACCCAGGGAACCGGAGUUUGUGACUUUCAACACCUCGUUUGGAAAGUUCGGCAUUUUCACAUGCUUUGAUAUACUCUUCCAUGACCCUGCCGUGACCCUGGUAAAAGAUUUCCAUGUGGACACCAUCCUCUUCCCCACGGCUUGGAUGAAUGUUCUUCCACAUUUAUCAGCCAUUGAAUUCCACUCAGCAUGGGCCAUGGGCAUGGGGGUCAACUUCCUUGCCUCCAAUAUACAUUACCCCACAAAGAGAAUGACAGGAAGUGGCAUCUAUGCACCUGAGUCCCCAAAAUCAUUUCAUUAUGAUAUGAGGACAAAGGAGGGGAAACUCCUCUUCGCACAACUGGACUCCCACCCACACCGCCCCGCGGUGAACUGGACUUCUUAUGCCAGCAGCAUAGAAGCACUUUCAGUGGGAAAUAAGGAGUUUAAGAGCAUUGCCUUUUUUGAUGAGUUCACGUUUGUGGUGCUCAAAGGAAUCGCAGGAAAUUACACCGUCUGCCAGAAUGAUCUUUGCUGUCACCUAAGCUACCAGAUGUCUGAGAAGCGAUCUGAUGAGGUUUAUGCCCUUGGGGCAUUUGAUGGAUUGCACACCGUUGAGGGGCAGUACCAUCUGCAGAUUUGUACUCUGCUGAAAUGUAGAACCAUGGACCUAAGCACCUGUGGCAGUUCAGUUGAUACAGCUUCAACCAGGUUUGAAAUGUUUUCCCUCAGUGGCACUUUUGGAACCCAGUAUGUCUUCCCUGAGGUGUUGUUGAGUGAAAUCAAGCUUGCCCCGGGAGAAUUUCAGGUGUCAAGUGAUGGGCGCUUGUUGAGCUUAAAGCCAACCUCUGAACCUGUCUUAACAGUCACCUUGUUUGGGAGGCUAUAUGAGAAGGAUUCAGCAUCAGGCAUCAGAGUACAUUCACUAAUAAUAGUGUUGAUGGGUUUGAUAUCUAUUAUAUAUGCCUUAUGUUGGUAGAAAUAUUUAAAUUUUUGCCUGGUGUGGUGGCGCACGCCUUUAACCUCAGCACUUGGGAGGCAGAGGUAGGAGGAUCACCACUAAUUCAAGGCCACCCUGAGACUACAUAAUGAAUUCCAGGUUA